UUUUGGGGAAGAAAGCAGCAAAAACAACAACAACAACAAAAAGAAAGGCAGGAGAGGAAAAGCAACGAGUUAACGGCGCUGGAGAUCCCACCUGCCAAACGCCGGCGGAGCGGAGAGCUUUGUCCGUCUGUCUGGCUGGUGAGCCCGGGGAUCACAUGCGUCCCCGUCCUGCCCCCUCCCUCCGCAGCCCUCCGUCCCGCUGCGCUCCUCGCAACUUUGGCGAAACUCGCCCAAAGCGGAGGCACUUUCCGCAGGCAGGCUCCUCCAGCCCUCUGCGGCUCCUCGGGGGCUGAGAGGCGGGGGGGGCGGUUCGCCAGCUGCCAAGGCUCUGUUUUCCCUCUUGCCAAAUAAAGUUCUGGGACUUGCAGAGGAGAUUUCUGCACAAGCAAACGAUAAUGAUUGCCCUGAGCAAGAAAAGCUCACGUUCUUCUCAGCUCUGCCUCGCUCUCUGCGCCUUUGGGCUGGCAUUGCUGGGGGACGUGUCCCGGGCUGUCCCCAUGGACGAUCAGGAUUAUUACUUGCAGGAGAUUAGCAACAGGGAUCAUUAUUACUCCUUUCCGUAUCCCGGUGAAGAGUUUUUUCCUUUCACGGAGCAACCUGGAGAGGAAGGACCUGUUCGCGCUGCAGAGACAGAGGAGCACCCAGGGUUCAAACCGAGCAGGAAAGAGUUAAAACCGAAGAAAAGCAACAAAAAAGGAAAACCCAUUCUUGAAACUCCACCAGAUUGUCCUCCACUUGGUCUAGAGACAUUAAAAAUUACUGACUUCCAGCUCCAUGCCUCUACAGCAAAGCGGUAUGGCCUUGGGGCCCACAGAGGAAGGCUUAAUAUUCAGGCAGGUGUUAACGAAAAUGAUUUUUAUGAUGGUGCUUGGUGUGCAGGAAGAAAUGACCCGUAUCAGUGGAUUGAAGUAGAUGCUCGAAGGCUAACAAAAUUCACUGGAGUCAUCACACAAGGAAGAAACUCUCUCUGGUCGAGUAACUGGGUGACCUCUUACAGAGUGUUGGUGAGCAAUGACAGUCAUGCGUGGACUGCUGUCAGAAAUGAGUCUGGAGAUGUGAUUUUUGAAGGAAACAGUGAGAAAGAGAUCCCGGUUCUCAAUAUGUUGCCGGUGCCUCUGGUUGCACGUUAUAUCCGUAUAAACCCUCGGUCCUGGUUCGAAGAAGGUAGCAUCUGUAUGAGACUGGAAAUCUUAGGGUGUCCUUUGCCAGACCCAAAUAAUUAUUACCACAGAAGAAAUGAAAUGACAACCACAGAUAAUCUUGACUUUAAGCAUCACAACUACAAGGAAAUGAGGCAGUUGAUGAAAACUGUGAAUAAAAUGUGCCCGAAUAUCACAAGAAUUUACAAUAUUGGAAAAAGCAACCAAGGACUAAAGCUGUAUGCUGUCGAGAUUUCUGACAACCCAGGAGAACACGAAGUUGGUGAACCGGAAUUUCGGUACAUUGCAGGAGCUCACGGGAAUGAAGUGCUUGGACGCGAGCUAAUCCUUUUGUUAAUGCAGUUCAUGUGUCAGGAAUACCUGGCUGGGAACCCGCGCAUUGUACAUCUCAUUGAGGAUACCAGGAUCCACCUCCUGCCCUCAGUCAACCCCGAUGGAUAUGACAAGGCAUAUAAGGCGGGUUCAGAAUUAGGGGGCUGGUCUUUAGGACGAUGGACCCAGGACGGCAUUGACAUCAACAAUAAUUUCCCUGAUUUAAACUCUUUGCUCUGGGAGUCAGAAGAUCAGAAGAAGAGUAAAAGGAAAGUUCCAAACCAUCACAUCCCGAUCCCCGACUGGUACCUGUCCGAAAACGCCACCGUGGCCGUUGAGACGCGGGCAAUAAUAGCGUGGAUGGAAAAAAUCCCUUUUGUGCUGGGUGGCAAUUUGCAGGGAGGAGAGCUGGUGGUGGCGUACCCCUAUGAUAUGGUACGAUCGAUGUGGAAAACCCAGGAUUACACCCCUACCCCAGACGACCACGUCUUUCGCUGGCUUGCGUAUUCCUAUGCCUCCACGCACCGCCUGAUGACAGAUGCGAGAAGGAGAGCGUGCCACACGGAGGAUUUCCAAAAGGAGGAUGGCACUGUCAACGGAGCCUCCUGGCACACCGUGGCUGGAAGCAUAAAUGACUUCAGUUAUCUGCACACAAACUGCUUUGAACUGUCCAUCUACGUCGGCUGCGACAAGUAUCCCCACGAGAGCGAGCUACCCGAGGAAUGGGAAAACAACCGCGAGUCCCUGAUUGUCUUCAUGGAACAGGUCCAUCGGGGCAUCAAGGGCAUAGUAAAAGAUGUGCAUGGAAAGGGAAUCCCAAACGCUGUUAUUUCAGUAGAAGGUGUUAACCAUGACAUUCGCACAGGAGCCGAUGGCGAUUACUGGCGUCUUCUCAACCCGGGGGAAUACGUGGUGGGCGUGAAGGCGGAGGGCUACACCGCCGCUACCAAGACCUGCGAAGUCGGCUACGACAUGGGAGCUACCCAGUGCGACUUCACCAUCUCCAAAACCAACCUGGCGAGAAUCAAGGAGAUCAUGAAGAAGUUUGGGAAGCAGCCCAUCAGCCUGUCCAUGCGGCGGCUCCGGCAGAGGGCUCGGCAGUGGCGGCAGCAGCGAUAGACCUCAGCCCGGCAGCCCACGGCGUCCACGAGCUCUGCUUCUAUCAGCCUGGCGGUAGUCGUAGUGAGAGUUACAUAGCCCACCUCUUCAUGCAUAUUUCUCUGCACGAGGCCUUUCUGUUAGUGGAGCUGGAUGAAUAGCGGAGGGUUUUCGGUCUGGCAAAAAAUCAGAAACAAAAUUCGAGUUGAACCGAAAUAAGCCCCGGCUUGAGGGGGAGAGGUAGGAAGAAUGUAGAAAGAUGUUUUGAGUUAACCUGGAAUGAAUUUUUUUGCUUGUUUUGGGUUAUUUAAUCCUUUGUAAAUUUGUUUCCUUUAAAAAUAGACAAAAAAAAAAAGGGAAAAAAAAGAGAUACUUAUAAAGGAGAAGUGUUGUUUUGAAUGAAAAACUGAAAAAUGUUUCUAAAGUAUAAAAUUGGUAUAUUUUUGCAAUUCAAAAAAGCUUUGACACUCUAUGUUUUAUUCUCAUAUGGGAGGAAAGCUGAGAGGGGAAAACUUCUGCUGAAGAUGAUUAAAAUUUGUGUCAAAAUUUCAGUCCCCCUUUCCCUGAAAGUCCCCCUUUGGACAAGCACCAUUAUAUUUGGGGAAAAAACCUGAAGCGAAUAACCCACCUUAGCUUUCCUGCUCGCGUUGUUUAUAUUUAAGGAUGUCUCGUGAUUCCAGAGUUUAAUGCCAGGAGUGUUUUCUCCUCUGGCUUUUUAAGGCUGCUUUUUGACUCCGUGAACUAAACCUAAGGAAAAGGGCAUGGAAUAAGGACCACUGCAGCGCUGUGGCACGGCGUCCCUCCUCUAACCUGGGAGAAGGACUUGAAACAAAGAUUUUCUCGUGGAUGCAGACAGUUUUAUCGUGUGUAUGAGAGGAGAGGCUUGGUCGUUGAUAAGUGCGUAGUUCAGAAAUGCAGUGAUAUCAUCUUUUCUUCUUGAUUUUUGGCCUGCCUAUAAGUGCCUUUUGUGCUCAUGCACACCUUGUGCCACAGUCUUCUACAGCAUGCCAGGGAUUUUGUAUUGCUCUGCGUGGUCUGCUCGUCUUGCCUCUGCAGCUGGUGCUGUUUUUCUGGCCUUAUGACUCUAUGGGAGCAGGAUUUGUGCUUCUUUAUUGGCUUUUAAGUAACCAAAUUGUACGGCAGGAUAGGAUUGAGGUUCAGGAAAGAUGCAGAUUCGAUCAAGGAAAGAAUGACCUAAAUAAACACUGGACAAAGUAUCAACUGGUAAAAAUCAACUUUGCUCCCUUGGCUUUAAUGUUACGACCUUAAUCAUAGCAAAUGAAGGGUCAGCUGCAUGAUUGUAGCCAGUCAAGAGUCUGUGAUUAAAUAAACAUCUCUUAAUAUGCUUGGUAGAAAGACUGCGGCGUACACUUCCAAAUGCAAUUCUACUUAAAACAUUUUAAUUGCUGUUACAGUUUUUGCCUGUUUGAUAUGAUUCUUGGAAAAGACAUUCACCAACAUAUCAUUCAAAACUGUGGAAAAAUAAAGUGCAAGUAGAAAACUUAGGGUAAAAAUACCACGUGCCAUCUGUAUUAAAUCUUUUUUUCUUGUCAACGAAUCUUGUAAACACAUAAAAGGCAAAAGACUGCGGAAUGAAUAAUAUAAUCAUGAACCUUUGCAUAAUAAAUAGUCAUAUUCUUAAAUUUCUUAGACAAUUCCAGCCCGUGCUUGUUCUGCAGAUACCAUUAAAUAACAGCAAUGUGCUUGGCAGAAAGGGCUCAAAGAAAAUACAAGAGUGCGUACAUAAUUUUCUAUAACUGAAAUUAUGGGACCCCGGCUCCCAGUCAGCAUCAUUUCAAUUAAGUAACAGAGGUAAACAAAUAAUCCAAUCAUCACAUUAGCAUUUGGAAUUACAUUUUACUUAUUUCACUCUAUUUACCACCCUUACAACAUUCUAUAGGUCAUAUAUUUUUGUAUAGCAAAUAUAACAGCAACUUGUCAAGAAGGGGUUUUGGCAGCUGCGAGGGGAUUAAUGAUGUCUUUGUGCAGGUAAUGAUGUGAAAUAAUUUUGGAAUAUGGAGUUAUGACAGCAGACAAUUUGUUAGCGGUUUAAUUGGGCUUGUUCAUUGGCAUAUGUAGAUGUUGUUACCGCCACAGCAGAUGAGGGCCGCACACGGGUUUUUAUGUUAUGAACUGAUGGAGUUUCUUAGGUGGCUUCUCUCUGGAGUCCCACGAAGGCUACGCAGCCGUCUUGCUGGGGGUGGCUGGCACGCGCAGGUAAACGAGAAACUAACCAGCCAAAUUUAAAUCACUGCGAUAAUCAGAUUGAAGGUGGAAACCACUAUCUUAGUCCUGGCAGGUCAAUUCUUUCUACUUUGAAAUAAUGCUUCAGGCUGAGAUUUAUGUUAACAAACCUAGAGGUCCCUAUGCUUGGUUCUCAGGUAUGAGGUUAACUCAACGAGAAGUUCGUUUUUUAUUUGAUAGCAAGAAGUGGAUUUGAUGGGAAAUUCUUCAAUGUCUAUUAGUUAAAAUUAGAUGGACUCUGAUUGCUGAAGACCUGAGUAACAUCAGAUGCUGAAGACAGUGGCCUUGGUGCUCUUUACUGGUCCUGACUAGUGCUUACACGUACUUGGGCACAGCAGAACUAUGACUAAUGCAGGUGACCUUACUCCAUUUUAGUCCAGGCAUUACUAAAUAAAUGGCCUAAUAGCUGUCAAGUGUAUUUGUCUGUGCAAUUAUUUGUUGAUUGUCCAGCACCUUUACACCGGAAAACACUCGAGUUGAAAGUUACUAAGAACUUCAGACGUGUGAAUAUCUCGUGCUGAGAUCAGAUGCUUACGCCUGCCCUGAAUCUAAUAAUACUGAACCGAUGUGUGCUCUAUUUACUGCUAUAGUUAUGCACUUGGGAGUUUAAAUGUUGAUUUUCUUUGCAAUACAUAGUACUGCUAUUUAACCUUUAGACAGAUCGAAACCACAAACCAAUAAA